UUUUUUUUUGCAUCUCAUCAAAACAAAGCGGGGGCGAGCCGGAGCCAGAGAGCGAGCGGCGGUUCCUGCCUCAUGAAUGAGAGGUCGGUCGGACCCUUCAUCGUUCACACUGUCGCCCGCCCGUAGGGGUGCGCAAACCGGCGUGGAGAAGCUAGAGGAACCUCCCGCUGAUGAGCCCCGGACAGCCGAAGCUUCCUCUCAUCUCUACAUGACCGCUUCAUCCCACCGGGAGCGACACGACGGGAUCAGGAACGAUGCUUGACGGACUACGACGGAGGCAGGCCUCCCGGUCGUCCCCCAGACCCCUUUCCCUCAACUUCAGCACCUUCUCAGCCCCUCCCCCGAGCCCAGACAUGGACAGCAACAGCGGGCAUCCAUUCAGGAGGACUCUUCACCGGCUGAAGUUGAUGAGCUCUCCAAGCCUCAGCGAGCUCGGGAAGAGUGAGAAAAGUUCCCCAGAGGACAGAGGGGAGAAGCAGAAGAGGGCCGGAACCAAUGCCACCUGGAACAGCAUCCACAAUGCGGUCAUAGCAGUCUUCCAGAAGAAGGGACUAGCCGAUAAUGAACUCUACACCCUGAAUGAAGGCGUCCGGCAUCUGUUAAAAACUGAGCUGGGUUCUUUCUUCUCAGAAUAUCUUCAGAAUCAACUUCUGACAAAAGGCAUGGUCAUUCUUCGGGACAAAAUAAGAUACUAUGAAGGUCAGAAGUUACUCGACUCUCUGGCAGAGACCUGGGACUUCUUUUUCUGCGAUGUUCUCUCCAUGCUGCAGGCCAUCUUUCACCCAGUUCAGGGUAAGGAGCCCUCCGUCAGACAGCUGGCCCUGCUUCACUUCAGGAACACCAUCGUCCUGAGUGUGAAGCUGGAGGACGCCCUGUCUCGGCCGCGGGCCCGCGUGCCCCCUUCUGUCACACAGAUGCUGCUUAUACUGCAGGGGGUCCAUGAGCCACGUGGUGUUAAUGAGGACUAUUUAAGAUUGGAGUCUCUGGUACAGAAAGUGGUCUCACCUUACCUGGGCACCCAUGGCCUUUACUCUGGAGAAGAGGAUGACGAUCACUGCUGCGUUUUUGACAAGCGUGUACCAUGGGGCUGGCCCAAGUCUGCAGACCAGCCAUCUAAAAACCCAGUGGUACGAUCCAAAAGCUACAACAUUCCCCUGCUGCUGACCCCGGUGGCUGAGUAUGACCCAGAUCCCAGCUCGGUCAGCAGUGGAGGGAUCCGUCGCCACUCGGCCUGUGAGAUCAUAUCAUGCCUGGAGGAACAGGGUCGGACCUACUCGGACCUGACUCCAGGAUCUGAGCUGUCUGGUCCCUCCUCCAGCAGACUCUGUGUGGGCUCUCAGUUUAAUGGGAUUGUACAAGCAGGAGCCACUGCCAUGGACUUGGCUCUGUCAUCUCCUUCCAUCCUUCAUUCCUCAGGAGCACUCCACGGCACAGAGGCCACCACAACAGUGACGGAUCUCAGUAAGGGAGCAUCCUCCUCGCCACCCAGCGAAUCGUCCAGUCCUGAAACCGUAAUUGGACAAAUUCCAGAGUCUGCUGGUUCAGACUCAGAUGGGAUAUUUAUUGAAUUCCCUGUCCACUCUUUGGGCGGUAAGAGCCUUAGCCGGGAGAGCAGGCAGAGCACUGUGUAACUGUGGUCUCAUUUAGGGGCCCACAGUGAGUGUGUACGGGAAUACUUUGGUAGAAAAUGGGAAACAAAUAUUAAUACAUUUCUGCAAAAAGGUACAGCUUCCUUUUUACUUUAAUACAGAAAAUUUCAACCUUCUUCCAAUGUGGAUGAUACUAUUUAAAUCCUCUUAUGAAACUUUUAAGCAGCUAAGAAAAAAAUCUGCUCGCAUGUCUAAGUCAACGUGGUACUGAUGACUAAGGUUGUGUUGCUCCUAAGAAUGAAACAUUUUACUAAUUGAAAAAAGUCCAAAAUCCUAACAAGAUGAUGCAAUCAAGUAUACAGGUUAAUCUAAAUAACUUAGAAUAUCCUAGAAAAAUUAAUUUAUUCCAGUGACACUCAUAUAUUGAAAUGAUUCGUAACACACAGAGUGAUAUAUUUAAAGCAUUGUUUCUGUUAAUUUUCAUGAUUAUGGCUUACAGCUAAUGAAAAUCCAAAAUUCAGUUUCUCAGAAAACAAUAUUACACAAGAUAACUAAAAAAGAAAGUCUAAUGUUAGUUAAUGACACCGUAUACAAUGAGGAUAAGCCACAAAAUGUCAUUUUACAGAAGGUGAUAGUUCCCUAAAUGCUGUAUGCAAUCAUAUUAAUGGGAAGUUGAGUGGAAGAAAGGGUGUCAUCCAAAAAGCUCCAACUGUCGUCAGUCUUCCAUAUGAUAGUGUAGAUCAUAACAUGGCCAUUAAACAGUGGUUUAGAUGUAUCUGGUUUAGAGGUGGCUUAACACAAGCAAUGCAAUAGUUAUAGCCCAUGUCUGAGAUACAUCUGUGAGGUGGCUUUUAAAACACUGACUCCAGCUGCAGUUCACGCCCUUUGAAUCUCCCCUUAACCUUUGAGUGUACUUGGCUCGGGUAAUUGCUGUUGCUUGUGGACCUUUUUCUACCACACUUUUUCCUUCCACCUAACUUUCUAUAAACAUGCUUACGUAUAGCACUAUGUGACUGCUCAGCGUUUUGAGCAAUGUCUUCUUGGUGCUUACCCUUUCUGUGGAAGCUGUCGGUGACAAUCUACUGGAGUACUGUCGAGUCAGCAGUCUUCCCCUUGAUUGUGUCGGCCAUAGCAUGACGAAAGCAUAAGCAUCCUUUUCUGUUGGCUUAUGUAAUAUUCUAAUUUUCAGACAAACUAAAUAUUGGAUUUUUAUUAGCUGUAGAGAUUAAUCAUUUAAAUCAAGAUAAAUAAACACUUAGGAGUUUCACUUUUUAAACUGAACUACUGAGAUUUUCUAUGAUAUUCUAAUUUAUUGAGAAGCACUUUCUGAAACUGAAAUUUAAUUCAUAUGAGUUCUUUGUGUCAAAAAACUCCAGUUGCACCAUUAGUCUGUCUGAAGUGAUACAGAGCAUCAAAUACUCAAUCCCCUGCCAGCGAGGAGUAGUGCAUGUAGUUUACAACUGAAAAUAUAUUAGAAUGUCUUAAAAUUGAAUUUUUAGAUGUAUCUACAUAUCAGUGAGACACUUUGAUGAUCCUAAAUAGGAAUGGGUUUAGUAGGUAAAGUAUUAUGAGACAAACUGACUGUUGAUUUCUUUUUUCUUUCAGUUGUUUCAUGGGAUUUGUUCAUACAGGGAAAAUAAAUAUCACUAUUAAUUCAUUUGCUUUAAUUCAAGUGUUUUUUAUGUUGUUUUCUUGUUUUUCUGGAGAUGUUCUUUGAAAAGUUACAAAAUUUACACAUUAAUCUUUUUUGUUGCCGACUGUUUUGUAUUUGUGUACUCGGAUAGAAACUUGUUUUAUAUGCCCUGUCUUUGCUUCUUCGUGUGCUGCUUGGAGGUAAAGAGGUUUUCUCGCUUUUCAGCAGCGCUCAGAGCGUUUAAUGCAAAAUUAUCUCGUAACUGCAUUUGCUUUUCCUGCAUGGGCUUUGUGGUUCGAGGGAUUACGACAAUGUUUGUUUACAUUUGACAAAGAUGGAAACAUUUUCGACUGAAUGUUGUCUCACACUGUAUUUUGCACCACCACUAACAUGUAAAUAAAAAGUAUGUUUGUUUUUUUUAGAAACGGUAGAUCUUGUACAGUGAACAUUUGUCCUAAAAGGAAUUGAUUUUUUUUAAUAAGAGGUUUUUUAAUUAAUCUUUUUCAAUGAUGUUUUACCUCAAAGCAUUUUGUACUUUACUUUUUGGACAAUCUAUGAUGUCUCCAGAAUUGUACUUUGUAUAAAUUUGUUAUACUGGCCCCAUAAAAAUAAAUUUCAGUGAUAUCAAAAAAAGCUCGCCAAAAAAAUUCUAUUUUAAAUUGAUUUAAUGAUGAUUGUAUAAAUAAUUUGACUAUUUUAGAUCAUUGAUCUUUAUCUGCUGUCCCUAUCAAAAUAAAACAAGGUGUGCAUAAUUAAAUUAUUUAUUUACUA